AUGGCUAAUGCGCACACAGGUGUUUACCUCACUGAUCUCACUUUCAUCGAGGACGGCAUUCCCUCGCUCACUCAAUCAGAUCUAAUUAACUUCAAUAAGCGCACCAAGACCGCAGAGGUGAUCCGCGAUAUCCAGCAGUACCAGAAUGCGCCUUACCAGCUUAUUCCUGUGCCGGAGCUGCAGGAGUACGUGUUGAACAACAUGCAGGCAGCAGGCGAUGUGCAUGACAUGUACGAGCGCAGUCUUGAAAUCGAGCCCCGAGAACGGGAAGACGAGAAAAUUGCAAGGUAUGGUAAACACUACUACGACCCAUCGGCCGUUGCACUCCCUGUGGGUUGGCAUACAUUGAUCGUGCCAUGA